GAGUAGACGGGUUACGGUUACAAACGUAAUAGGUUUUAUGCGUAGUUCCUGCUCGAGGCGAGUUGAGUCGAAUGUUUCUGGAGGAAGAUAAACCGUAAGUUCGUCAUCUCUUCACUCAUUCCCUGCUGAACGGUUCGAUGGGACGUCCCUAUCCUGAACUAGCAACCUACGUCGAUAACUGAUCCUCUCCGCUGAGGCUCAGUGGGUAGGCGUUCACUCCAAAGGAAAGUCUUGUUUUAUUUGUUCUCCGCGCAACCACCGCAGCUGUUUCAACUGUCGCGACGCGAGUCAAGCAUGGCCUUCCACCGGAGUUUGUGCGAGACACAAGAAACGUCUCACACUAUAGUGAUGAAUGAACACAGUCGCCUGGACAGCGCGGACAUGUACGUGUGUCAUAGCACCGCCGACCUCAGUAAGGCAGUGUCGGUGUCCUUGAGUUUGGAUUCAGUGUCUUCCCCGCUCAGCAACAUGAACCUUUGCUCCAGCAGUAGCGGCGCAUUCGCAGACUACGACUCCUCCACUGUGGGGGACUCUUCUCGAGUGGUGCUGGAGUUAGGAAUAGGUGGCAAUGCGAACUCACUUGGCGGAAGUAUGAGCGAAGAGGACUUUGGAGAAGUGUGCCACGGCAUGGAGCAGGUGAGCUGCAUGGAUAUGCUCAGAUCUGGCGAGGUGGAGGACGCGCAGCCCGUGACGCGCGGUCCGGUCAUAUCCAAAUACGUGUGCACGGAAUCAAACUUGUGCACCAGCCCCGUGAUGGGGCUGUCCGUGCCCACUCAGUCAGAUGAUCUCCUGCCUUCGAAACAAUAUUCUGCGUACUCUGUUCACCCAAACCUGCUCAGAGACCCUCAGAGUGCGUGGUGCGCAAACGAGCGCGCAUACGGCGCUCAGUCCGAACCAGAGAGAGGACAUAUUAUACCCGGCGGAUAUAAUAUGUUGUGCAAAUUGUGUCAUUGUGGAUCAACUCCCGUUGGGUCCAAACCGGAAUGCCGCUGUGUCUGGUACGGUAAAGGCGAGCAGUGUGGUAAAAGUGCCUUACGAACAGCAAUGGCACAAGGGUAUGGUCAAAUGGAAAGACACCAAAGCGCAAUCGCUCAAGGACAAGACACUUUUCCUACUAUCAAGACAGAGCCGGGAGUUUGGGUGGAUUGCGGAGAUCGCAGUUUCAGGCAUGAGGAUUUAUUUCCAGGUGUGUACCUGUCAGACCGGAGAGUGUGUCAGGUGUGUGGGGACGAUGCCUCGGGUUGUCACUAUGGAGCAGUCACCUGUGGCAGCUGCAAAGUGUUCUUCAAGAGGGCUGCUGCUGGUAAGCAGAACCACCUGUGUGCAAGCCGGAAUGACUGCACCAUCGACAAACUGAGGAGGAAAAACUGUGCCUCGUGUCGCCUAAAGAGGUGCUUCAUGUCGGGAAUGAGCCUUAAAGGUCGCCGGCUGAAGGGAACUGGACAAAUGAAAAAUGGAGAGGAGGAGCAAGUCCCUGCUGCCUGGGGCCAUGGAGAUAGAAGAGAGCAGUCUGAUAAGAAAGAGGUUAUCUUGCAGCCCAGAAGUGUAGGUGCCAGGGCUCAAGGUGGGAUGUCCCAGGGCCUGGCCAUAAGUAUACCCCCGAACCCGAGCUCCUUCCAAUCGCUGCUCUCCGUCCUGCUGGCCAUUGAGCCAACCCUGGUCAAUGCUGGACAUAACAACACCCAGCCAGACAGUCCUGAGUCACUGCUCACCAGUCUCAAUGAGCUCGGGGAAAGACAGCUGGUUACUGUGGUGCAUUGGGCCAAGGCAAUACCAGGUUUCCGUGACCUACAUGUGGAUGAUCAGAUGUCUGCGAUUCAGUUGUCAUGGAUGGGCGUGAUGGUGUUUGCUUUGGGCUGGAGGUCCUACACACUUACUAACAGCUCCAUGCUCUACUUUGCUCCAGACUUAGUCUUCAAUGAACAGCGGAUGCAAGUUUCCAGUAUGUAUGACCACUGUGUGAGAAUGAAGGUGCUCUCCCAGAGGUUCUGCACACUGAAGGUCACCCAAGAGGAGUUCCUGUGCAUGAAGGCCCUGAUCCUCUUCAGCAUCAUGCCACUGGGUCUUAAGAGCCAACAUUGCUUUGAUGAACUGCGGACCUCCUACAUCAAGGAGCUGGACCGUUUGGCCAGCUACAGCGGAGAGACCACCCGUGCACAGAGACUGUUUCAGCUCACACAGCUGCUGGACUACCUCCAGUCGAUUGUGAGGAAGUUACACCAGUUCACUUACGAUCUGUUCACCCACGCUCACACCCUGCAGAUACAUGUCAACUUCCCAGAGAUGCUGUCAGAGAUUGUGAGCGUUCAUGUGCCCAAGAUCCUGUCCGGCCUGGUCAAGCCCAUCCUCUUCCACAAAACAGUUGAGAUGGAGAGAAUGAUAUAGAGGAGACACUCGAGCUCUUCACCUUGUCCUUCAAGAGAGGAUUAAUGAUUUUAUGAGGUGAAAAAAAGAAUAACCCCUCUUUACCUACAGUGUAAGAGCAGGAGACAGUGAGGCUACGAGUGGAUUUUUACGGGAAUACAGUACAUUCUUCCAGUCUAAUUUAAUCUAGUUGCAUCUGUACUCUGCUCUUCUUAAUGCCUGUUCUGUAUAUCACGCACAACAAAUGUUUCUUGAGCUCAUUAAAACACUAUUUAGCAUGCAUUCCUACACAAAACCCUGUGAGUAGCCACUGCCCCAGCAUGUAGACUUCCACAACCCUUCAUUCAGAUUGUGUCAGGCAAUAUUUCAUUUUGUGAGACAGUUGUCAGUAAAACAAUUUUGCUGUGCUCAUAUCACCAUAGCAUGUCUGUGUGCGCAGUAGUGUGACAUUUGGACUAGCAUUUUUUUUUUUCCCACAAUGAAUGUUAUUGUGUGCACCUGAGAUGAACAAAGCUGUUGACUGACAGUUAAUAAAUGGUCGGGACAUGCAUGUUCAGAAGCAGAGCCGCACUGCCAUAAGGCACCAAAAAAAACAAAAAAAAAAACAUAAUUGAAAGUUCUUCUCCUCCUGUAGAAAUAACAGUCGACUGGCUUUAGGUGUCAGCAAUUUUCAGAUGUAUAUUUUCAAAAGUUAACUAAAUACAAUGACGAUAUGAACUAGUAAAAACACACAUUGUGAGUCGACUAACAGUAUACAGUGACUUCUCUUUUUUUCAGGUUUGCUUGUUUUUGAGUGUUAAAUGUUAUUCAAGUGCAGAUUUCAUACUGUUUGAAAUUUUUCUACAGUUUCUUAAAGUGUUCUUAAAGUACAGGUGCUUCGUUGUGUAUCAUUGUGUAUUCCUUCUUGGAGCUUUUGACACAUUAAAUGAAUCUACUUGUUUGUUGCUGCAUUUACUUGCUGCCUAAAAGAAUAAAACUGGAGCAUGAGUGUGUA